AGUAUCAAGCUAUCCUCGCAAGUUCUCUGAGAUAUCUCUGCCCACUUUUGCUUCUUAUUUCUUCCUUUAGAAAUACUUUUAUUACAAUAAUGGGAUUCCGCUUUGCUAGCUUAGUUCAUGCCAAGCAACUCAUUCAGAGGCCUUUUUCAAGCACUAAAGAUAUUCCUAAGGGCUUUUUAGCAGUUUACGUUGGAGAUGAGAGCAGAAUGAAGAAAUUUGUGAUCCCUGUGGCAUACUUGAACCAACCUUCAUUCCAAGACUUCCUAAGUCAAGCUGAAGAAGAAUUCAGAUUCGAUCAUCCAAUGGGAGCUCUUACAAUUCCCUGCAUAGAAGAUGCCUUCAUUGAUCUUAUUUCUCGCUUAAGCUCCUAAUCUUAUGAGUUUAGAUACCAAUAGAU